UCAUGGCAACCCUGAUGAAAUGAAACCGAAACACAGAUGAUCACAGCUUCCGGAAACCACAUUCACAUCUCGCUCAUCGUUUCUGAACAUCAUCACAAUUUGAUGCUGCUUGAUUGAGACCCAUAUUCUUGAGAAAUGGCCUCCUCAGUGACCACAGAUGCUCAUGGAGUCAGGGUGGUGACCCAGAUCAUCCCUAUGGUGACUCCAGAGCCUGCCCAGAUUCCCAGUGACAACAAAGACAAGACUAAAGUUCCUGACGUACCAUACAUGACCAGGAUGUUCCUGAAGGGAGAGCCUGUAGCACUAGGGAUUGUGCAGAUCUUGAUUGGGAUCAUAAUGAUGCCUUUGGGAGCGGUUACUUGGUUCACACAAACUCUGUAUGGUGAAAUCCCUCUGAGCCUUGGACUGUCAUUUAUCUUCUCUGGAGCUGUAACCUUGGGUGCACACAAGGGAACCCAUCUUCCACUUAUUAAAAGUACAAUCGCCAUGAACAUCAUCAGUGCUCUGCUGGCAGUGUCUGGGAUCUGCUACUUCUGCUUCGCACUUACCAUCCAACUUAAACUGAAUGAGUGUAUUAAGCAGGAUGACGAUUACUGGUACAACUACUAUGACUGCAUCAGUAAAGGUUACUGGCUGAAGGAUUCAGUACUUGGAAUAAAGGUCAUGCUGUUGGUUUUGUCCGUGCUGGAGGUGUGCGUGUGUACGACAACUAUUGUCUUUUCCUGCAAGGCCAACAUACAAGCAUCUGGGACCACAAUGGCAGAGACAGUGACGGUGAUGGAGAAGGAAAAAUACAGCAGCCAGGAAGCUCUGUUAAAGAGAGAAGUGGCUUCACCUUCAUGCUAUGAGCCCUGAGCGAACAUCAUACAUAUAUAAAGCACUUUAUGGUUUAGAGUAUAGUCUAACUUAGUUUAGAGUAGUACACACACACCUUUUGGGACACUAAUAUAAAAGAGUCGCAGGUAUAUUAAACUGAUUAUUGCACUUACAAUUCAUGUAUUCUGCUUUUGACAUUGCACAAAUUGAUACAACCUUUGAAACCGCCUGCAGUUAUUUUGCAUGCCUGUCUUCAAUAAAUCCUAAAGUGCAA